AUGAUGUUAUCAUCAUCAGUCCUCUGGGUCGUCACCCAUGUAUGGCUGUUGUUGGGGGGGUUGACUAGUCUUGCCAAUGCUAUCCCUAUGCCCCAGGGAAACCCUACUCCUCAGGCAUCAGGUUUCUGGGUGGGAUCCAUUGACCGCAGAGGUUCCCCUGCAUUCAGAACGGCAAGUGGCGAGUAUCAGGUCUACCGAAACGUUAAAGAAUUUGGUGCAAAAGGCGACGGUACCACAGAUGAUACUGAGGCGAUAAACAAAGCUAUCUCAACGGGAAAUCGAUGUGGAUUGGGUUGCGAUUCUUCGACUGUGACCCCUGCCAUAGUCUAUUUCCCAGCAGGCACAUAUGUCGUCUCCAAGCCAAUUAUUCAGUAUUACUACACCCAACUCGUUGGUGACGCUUUGAAUCUGCCCGUCAUCAAGGCUGCCUCCUCCUUUCAGGGGAUUGCCGUCAUCGAUGCUGAUCCGUACACUGACGAGGGUAAUAAUUGGUAUACCAACCAAAACAAUUUUUUCCGAUCCGUUCGAAAUUUUGUCAUUGACUUAACAGGCAUGGAUCGAGGGUCCGGAGCUGGUAUCCAUUGGCAAGUGGCGCAAGCGAGCAGCCUGCAGAACAUCCGUUUCGAGAUGAUCCAAGGUGGUGGUGAAGCCAAUAGACAGCAGGGUAUUUUUAUGGAUAAUGGCUCCGGAGGCUUUAUGACAGACCUCGUUUUUAAUGGUGGUAACUACGGCGCCUUUUUGGGAAACCAGCAGUUUACUACUCGCAACCUAACGUUCACGAACUGCAAUACAGCAGUAUUUAUGAACUGGAACUGGGCAUGGACAUUCAAAUCGGUGACAGUCAACAAUUGUGGCGUCGGUCUGAACAUGUCUAAUGGCGGCUUUAACCAGACAGUAGGCUCGGUUCUGAUCCUCGAUAGUAAAUUUAUCGGAACUCCAAAGGGCGUCGUCACCUCUUACAAUGAUAAGAGUGUUCCUGAAACAGGUGGAACCCUCAUCCUCGAUAAUGUCGACUUCACGGGCUCGGACGUUGCGGUUGCCCAUCUUGAUGGUUCAGUUGUUCUCAAAGGAGGCUCGGUUGUCUCCUCAUGGGCACAGGGUAAUGCGUUCACCUCUGGGUCAUACGCAACUAUCCAGAACUCUAAGAGGGAGCCCGAACCUCGAGUAGAGGGACCAGUUCCUGUUUAUACGGUGGAACGUAUAAUCAAGCGGGAUUCGUGCAAAGCCCGCUACCCACCUCCACCUCAACCGGCUCCAAUUUCCCAAGCGCCUACCCCAUCGCCUCUACCACCACCGUUUACUACUAAAUAUCCAACGCCAUCGCAAGACAAGCCAGAGGGUACGGAGUCGAAGUCGCCAACGGUAUCCCCAUCGUCUGUUUCAUCUUCUGUUCCCCCAUCACCCACCCCCUCGCCAACAGAAACUUCACCCGCAGCAUGCCCGACAGCGCCUCCUAAGAAGGCUCGAAUCAGCUCCAGGAUCAGUAGUCCCGCUAAACCAGCAGUUCUCCUUGACCGAUCGGGAAAGGUAUUUGAGCGGACAAAGCCACAAUAUGAGGGCAUCCCCAAAGGGUCAUUUAUCAGCGUCAAGGGCGCCGGCGCCAAAGGCGAUGGAGUAACUGAUGAUACAAAAGCAAUCCAAGCAGCAUUAGACAGCGCGCAAGCAGGGCAAAUCGUAUAUUUCGACCAUGGAGCUUAUGUCAUUACUUCCACGAUCAAAGUUCCCAAGGAAAUCAAGAUCACCGGUGAAAUCUGGCCACUGCUCAUGGCAUCUGGACCCGCCUUCUCUGACGAAUCAAAGCCCAUCCCAAUGCUCCAAGUUGGGCAGAAAGGCGACAAGGGCAAUGUUGAAAUUAGCGACCUGGUGCUUGAAACCAAAGGACCUGCACCCGGCGCCAUCCUGGUCGAGUGGAAUGUUGCUGAAACAACGCAAGGUUCCGUCGGAAUGUGGGACGUGCACAUGAGAAUUGGAGGUUCCGCCGGUACGGAACUCCAGAGCGACCACUGCGCCAAGACUCCCAAGAGCAAAACCGUACCGGACCCCAAAUGCGUCGGUGCCUUCAUGCUCAUGCACAUCACAAAGGAGGCUUCUGGAUAUUUUGAAAAUAAUUGGCUAUGGGUUUCGGAUCAUGAGUUGGAUUUGGCCGAUCAUGGACAGAUUAAUAUCUAUAAUGGCCGUGGUCUCCUGAUAGAAAGCACUGGCCCAGUAUGGCUCUACGGUUCCGCGAGCGAACACUCCCAACUCUACCAGUACUCCAUUGUCGGCGCCAAAAACGUUUUCAUGGCAUUGAUCCAGGUGGAAACCCCGUACUAUCAAGCUAAUCCAAACGCUCUGGUCCCCUUCAAGCCCAACUCAGACUUCCACGACCCAGACUACUCCAAUUGCAAAACGGACUUGUGCAGGAAAGCCUGGGGUCUGCGAAUCCUCGACUCUACCGACGUGUUCAUCUACGGCGGCGGGCUGUAUAGCUUCUUCGAGAACUACGGCCAGGAAUGCCUGGCCACGGAAUCCUGCCAGGAAAACAUGAUUGAGGUGGACUGUUCGCCUGUGCAUCUGUUCGGCAUCAGCACCAAGGCCAGCACAAACAUGAUCACGAGAACGAAUGGGGGUCAAGGACUGGUGAAGCAGAUUGACAAUCGGAAUAACUUCUGUUCCACCUUGGCCGUUUUCGAGCAGGCGAGUGAAUGA